AUGGUCACGCGUGAAGACAAAGAAAACACCGUUUGGUCGUCUUCCAACGCGCCUGUGACGCCAACGCACCUGUUGAGCCGGUCUCAACCCUCCUUUUUAAAAGAUGUCAAAAAGUCACCCCAGCGUCGUGAAGCCUCUCGUAGACCACUGGCAAGCAAGGAUAAUAAUCGAACGGCGAGUUUUCUGACGCAGAAGGAACCUCUGCAUAAAAAGAGGGUCAGACCAGCCGUAAACCACGCUGGUAGCUUCAUCGGACCGGCACGGCUUGCUCACGUGCCGUCCUUACAUACAACGGGUGCACCUCGUCUCAAGAGUCUCGUUUUGCGAGAUUCGGUGGCGGAGGGACCUAAGGAGCACAGUGACGAGUCCGAUGGCAUCGACGAGCUGGAUCCGAACUCGAUAGCUGCAAAACUUCGUGAGAAAUUGGCGGCACGUGAUGAGAACUUGUUAGGCCGAGAGCAGGACGAACAAGAUACAGAGAAGGACGAUAUGGAGGCUCAAUCGGGUCUUUUGGGCCGUCUUCAAGGCACCAAUGGUGGUCUCCAGGGUCUGCAAGGUCUUCUGGGUGCCAAACCGGAACUUGGCCCGGCUUACAAACACUCACACAGCGAUAGCGACAGCGACAGCGAUCGUGAAGUCGAGACCAUACCGCCAAGACCGGAGCCUCUGCCCUAUGUUCCCAGUGCGUACACACCUUUUACAAAUGAAGAUAUCGAGAAACUAAGAUCACCUGCGGCUCCCACGCUGCGGCUGCACUUUAGCGAUGACGAAGAAAAUCAAGAUGACGGCCUCACUCACGAUGCAAACGCCAAGUCCAAGGCUUCUCAACUUUUGGACCUGAAGUUUGACUUCAGCGAUGAUGACGAAGAAGACGGAAGCAAUCAUGAGCGCAAACGGUACCAUGGGCCUGGAGAUAGCUUGCUGCGGUCUCACUUACCACCACAGCAUGAGGAAGAUGAUAAUGACGCAUUCGAACUGGAACCCUCAUACGGUGGUGAGGGGCUUACUGUGAAGGAGCUUGAAUCGCUUUUGGAAUAG